AUGCAGCUGCUCCAAACCCUAAUUCCGCCAUCCUCCUCACCCACCGCCGUUGCAGCGGCGCUACCUGUCGCUUUCGCCUCCUUUCUCGUCAUCUACAUCCUCGGUUACUCUUUGGUCUUCCGCCACUGGCCGUCCGGUGCUCGCUCCGAGGCUUCCAGCUGCCUGAUCUCUUUGUUUCACGGCACCCCGGCCGUGUUCCUUGCCUCCUUCGCAAUUUACUCCGACUCCGAUCGCGGGUUCUCAGCCACCAACACCCCCUUUCAAUCCGCCGUGCUUGAUUUCAGCGUUGCAUACUUCUUCGUAGAUCUGCUCCACUACGUCUUCUUCUUCUCCCCUGGGGAUGCCCUCUUCAUCGGGCACCAUUUGGCUACUCUAUUUGUGUUUCUCACGUGUCGGUACCUCGUCGGCCACGGCGCGUUCGCGAUACUGACCCUGUUGGUCCUCGCUGAGGUCACCAGCUUCUGCCAGAACGUGUGGACGCUGGCCGGGGUGAGAAAGGGAGAUUCCAAGCUCGCCGCGAGGGUGUAUCGUUUGUUGUCCCCGCCGUUCUAUGCGUUCUACUCCGUCGUCCGUGGGGUUCUGGGGCCGGUGUUUAUGUAUAAGAUGGGGGAGUUUUAUUGGAGUGGGGUGGCAGAUGGUGUUGUCCCCAGGUGGAUUUGGGUUUCGUGGAUGGUGGUUGUGAUUGGUGCCAUCUCUGUUAGCAUCUUGUGGAUUAUCAACUUGUGGGUGGAAUUGUACAGAGAAAGGAAGGUGGAUGGUAGAUUGGAGAAGAAGAAAGACAGGUAG